AACAGGAAGUGAUGUCACGUGAGUCCAGAGUGCAGCAAGUUUCUGGCGUUCUAGUGAAGUUCAACAUGGAUCGGAAGCCGAGAGAGAAGAAGAUACUGUGUGUUGGUCUGGUUUGUCUGGACAUCAUUAACGUGGUGGACAAAUAUCCUGAAGAAGACACCGACAGCAGGUGUUUGUCGCAGCGCUGGCAGCGAGGAGGAAACGCCUCAAACUCCUGCACUGUUCUGUCCCUGCUGGGGGCGCCGUGCGCCUUCAUGGGUUCAUUGUCAGCUGGACCUGUGGCUAAUUUUAUUUUGGAGGAUUUUCAGAGGUUCGAGGUUGAGGUGUCGCUGGUGACUGAGCAUGCUCAGUGCUGCCUACCAGCGUCCAUGGUCAUCAGUAACAUCCAAACAGGAAGUCGCACCAUCCUCCAUAUGAACAGUUUCAUCACGAGUGAUUUUUCCAGCCAUGACAUAGAUGUGUCAGGGGUCGUCUGGCAGCUCAAAGGUCAAACUCCAUGUGCAUGUUGCGUGGUUUGUCUCUCGAGCGGAUCUCGAACCGUCGUUCUGUCUGACACGAACCUUCCUGAUGUCACAGCUGAGGAUUUUACUAAAGUGGACUUGACUCAGUUCAAGUGGAUCCACUGGGAGGGGAGGAAUGCUGAGGAACAGCUGAAGAUGAUCCAACGGGUGGAUAAGUACAACAGCUCGUUACCACAGCAACAGAGAAUCGCUGUCUCCGUGGAGAUUGAGAAGACCAGGGAGCCUUUGUACCAGCUUUUUCCUCACGGAGACGUGGUGUUUGUCAGUAAAGACGUCGCUCGUCAAUUCGGUUUUCAUUCCGCUGAAGAUGCUGUGAAAGGACUGUAUCCUCGAGUCAAACAGGGGGCUGUUCUGAUCUGUGCCUGGGCAGAACAGGGAGCAGAUGCUUUGGGUCCUGACGGCAUCGUGGUUCAUUCUGAUGCUUUUCCUCCCGAGACUGUGGUGGACACACUCGGUGCUGGAGACACGUUCAAUGCUGCUGUCCUCUACACCCUGUCCAACGGUGGCACUCUGCAGGAAGCGCUGACCUUUGGCUGCAAAGUGGCAGGAAGGAAGUGUGGUUUCCAUGGUUAUGACAACAUCGGUGAAUGUUUUGGAGAGAAAUGAAUGAGAAAAUGAUGGGAUUCUAAGCUGGUUGACAUCCGAGAGAGAGAGAGAGAGAUCAGUGAAAGAGUGAGCGGCUUUUUAUUGAUCGAUUUGAUUGAUUACAGACUGAGAUUCUGCUGCAGUGUUUUUUGAAUGUAACCAAAAUACAUCACUCUUAUUUUUUUUCUAACUAAUAAAAUAAAUGUGUUGAUGACAUCA